GUCCUACUACUCCCAUUUCCUAUCCACCUUCCUCUCUCUCCCCUUCAUUAUAUACUUAAAACUCACAAGUUUUCAUCUAAAAACACAAAACUCCAUUAAAACUCUAUACUCAUCAAGAACUUAGAAAAAAAAAAAUCCCAAAAUAAAAAAAUCCCAAGUUCAAAACUUUUACAAAUAUGGCCAAAAAAUUGAAGAUCUCUUCUAUUUUCAAGAAAAAAGAAAUAGGGCUAGCCACUUGGCAAUGGCCAUCUUGUACACAUUCCAAGACUCUAUCUUUUAGAGGUGAUGACAAGAUUUUCAAAACUAUAAAUUCAGUAUUCUUUGACCCUUUUGAUGGAAUUGAAACCCCACAAUCUUAUUCCACAAAUUCAUCAUUAGAUACCAAUAGCAUUUCAAUAGAAUCCCAUGAAGAAAUCAUAAAAGGGGCUAGAUCAGAAAGGCUAUUUUUUGAACAAGUGGCUACAAGUUCAAUUUUUCAAGAACCAAAUCAAGAACCACAAGAGGAAAAUCAAGAAAAUGAUUUGCCAUUUAAAGAGAGUGUAAUUUUGGCUAUGGAAUCAAAAGAUCCUUAUUUGGAUUUUAAGAAAUCAAUGAAGGAAAUGGUUGAGAGUCAAGGGAUUAAAGAUUGGGAUAAUUUACAAGAAUUAUUAGCAUGUUAUUUGAAAUUAAAUGGUGAAGUAAAUCAUGGUUUUGUUUUAGGUGCUUUCGUCGAUAUGCUUAUGGAACUUGUUAUCCCUACUACUCCGAGUACUAAUUCGGAUAAUUCAAUUACUUCUUAUUCUUCUGUUGCUUCUUCUUCUUUUUCUUGCCCCUCGUCUCCUCUGUCUUCGUUAGGACAUAAAGAGACAGAGGAGCAAGAAAAUGCAAAAGUCCCCUAAGAUAUAGUGUAAUUUUUUAUUGGUUAUUCAUAACGUAAAGAAAGUUUUCUUCUGGUUCUGUUGUUUGUUUUUACAAUUCAAGAAGACUUGACAGAAAUUGCUAAUUGGAUUGGUUCAAUACGACUUCUCACUCAGAAUUCGUCCUUCUUCAAAAGUAAGAAAGAUGACUACUUCAACUCCAUCUUAACGAGCGAUACCAUCUAAGUACAUUUUCCAUAGUCCUCCGUAUAAGUCCAUUGGCUCAAGUAAUUCAGAUUCACGUCUAGUUGACUCACUUUCUAUCAAAUGGUUUUUUCACUCCAAAAAAAGAAAUUUGAGGUAUGUGGUUAAAAAUUGAGGACUCAAAACUAUCAUGUCACACCGCUCAAUGAUGAUGUAAUCACAUUUUAUGUAUAUUAUUACAAAUGCAACGGUUAUUAAUUUUUAUCUGGCUU